CUCUCUCAGCUUUGGCUGAAACAGUAUAAAUAGUAAGUAGCCUACUCAGAGAACAUUUUAACAUUUGUUACUGAAAACACAAGGAGGUUUUUUUUUGCAAGAACAUAUAUGUGUGGACCAUGAUGUCAGACAAUGAAGUAGAUGAGUAUGAGGAGCAUAUGGAGGAACAGGAUGCAAAUGAGAUGCCUUCUCUAUUGUUGCAUGAGGACGAGAGGGCUGAGGAGGAAGAAACUCAGGAAGAGGAAGAGGAGGCAGCUGAGGAAGGAGGUGUUCAAGAGGAAGAAGUAGAAGAGGAGGCUGAAGAUGGAGGAGUAGAAGAGACCAAACCAAAAUUCAAAUCUUUUGCAUUGCCAAACUUGGUGCCUCCAAAGAUUCCAGAUGGAGAAAGGGUUGACUUUGAUGAUAUCCACCGUAAACGUAUGGAAAAGGAUCUAAACGAACUACAGACUUUGAUUGAAGCCCAUUUUGAAAGUCGCAAGAAAGAGGAAGAGGAGCUCAUAAGUCUCAAAGAUCGAAUUGAAAAACGGCGUUCUGAGAGAGCUGAACAGCAGAGGAUCCGAAACGAGCGUGAAAAGGAACGUCAGAAGCGUCUAGAAGAAGAAAGAACUCGCAAAGAGGAGGAGGAAGCAAAGAGGAGGGCAGAAGAUGAUGCCAAGAAGAAGAAGACUCUCACCAGUCUGCAUUUUGGUGGCUACAUGAAGAAAAUAGAGAGACAUGCUGGGAAGAAGCAGACAGGGAGAGAGAAGAAGAAGAAGAUUCUGAGUGACCGCCGCAAAUCUUUGGACAUAGAAAAUGCAAGUGAAUCAGUUCUCAGAGAAAAAGCUAAGGAAUUGUGGAACUGGAUGCAUCAGCUAGAGGAAGAAAAGUUUGAGUUACAGUACCAGUUCGCUAAACAAAAAUAUGAGAUAAAGGUACUGAGGAACAGAGUGAGUGACCAUCAGAAAAUGUCAAAGAGAACCAAAAGAGGCCUUAGAAAGUGAAAACCAUUAUAUGUUUAUGCAAAAAAAAAAAAAAAAGUUUAAUUAAUUAAAAUAAA